UAAAACCCUGAUUGACGGUGAAGUGCCAAUUCCAUUUUGGGAAGAUAGUGAAAAAGAAAUUGAGACGAUCAUGAGAGCAAUGGAUUUGUUCGGAGAGAUGGAAGAUCAGAUAACGUCUAUGGCGAUGGACGUUGACGACGUCGAACAAUUCGAGAUGCUAGCUGAUGGCGUUAUCGUCUCUGAUCACAAACUCGCCGAUUCCGAUUUCUUCAACUCCUUCCAAGACGAUUUCAAUGAUGCGGAUAUCAAUUAGCACCUUUUCUUAUAACUCAUAAUUAGGUCAUCCUUAUUUCGUUUGUUCGUGUUCACUAUGGGGAAGAAAAAGAAAAAGAAAUUGAUGUACUUUUGUUUAUUGGAUUAUUGAGUUGGUAUGAUGUGAUAUUUUAUGAUGACUCUUUUGUGAUUAAUCUCAAUUUCUUGUUAUGUGUUUUGCGAUUUACGAUGUGUAGUGUUUGUGUGUGUGUGUGUGAUUGAUUAUGAGAUUAGAGUUGUGGCUGUUGGUGAUUUUAUAAACAGUAUUUUUCCGGGUGGUGUUUGAA